GCAAGGCUAUAUUUCAUGAUAUAUCACUUGAUGAUCCUUUUUUGUAAUAAAUCUUGUUUACAGAAUGGUGCCGCCGACGAAGUCCUCGGUUAAACUGCUUUGUAAACCCGUGUGACGUCAUGAAAUGCCCUGCGUUCCCAAACGCAGUGUGUCUGAAUGAUAAUCCAUGUGAACCAGCGUGUAAAGGUAAUUUCUACAUAGAGGGUAGACCAACGCUGUCCAAAAGAGAAUGCAAAGGGAAAAAGAGGAGAAAGGUGAAGAUUCCGCGAUGGUGUCCGAACGCCAAGCCCAGGGUUUGUAAGGAGAAUCCCUGUAACAUUAAGAAAUGUCCGGCCUAUCCACGUGCCGUAUGCCUAAACAGUGAUCCGUGUGAGCCGUACUGUGUUGGGGAAUAUUACCUGGGACGUCGUCUGCUGUCAACGGACGAGUGUGCAGCUGAAGAUUAAGAUUAAUAGUUAUCAAAUAUCUCUCUCUUUUUGUAAAGUGUCAACCUCUUACGAGUGUUACAGACAUUUAACGACAAUAAAAUUAUUUGAACAU